AUGGCCUUCAGGCAGAAUAUUGUGUAGACAGAGGAACAAAAAGUACUUUGACUAAUCAGUGUCAUAUUGAUGAAAUCAUUUUGAUUUCAUUUUCUUGCUUUUACCUCCCUUACCCUGUUAAUCAACCUUGAUAUUAUUGUACAAUCCAACAGCCCGAACAAGGAGGCCAGCCAUUUAGCACAUUCAGGAGGUGCAACACUUAUCUAGCCAAAUAGGGGAUUUGGGUCUAUUAGAUCUUAGGCCGAUAUAGGACAUGAUGGAAAUAAAAAAAGAUUAAGGACAUGAAGCUAAUUAAGACUUUGUUCCUUGGGGCAACAGGAUAUUAUUCCCCUGUAACUGUUGCUACGUCAACCUAGCAACAGUCUUUUGGGUGGCACUUAUAUAAUGUGAUUGCUAACAAGUACAUGUGCUUCACAGGAGGUUAGUGGGGAGGACAGGCUUGUGGUAAUUGGGGAGGACAGGCUUGUGGUAAUGGCUGGAGCGGAAUUGGUGGAACGGUAUCAAAUACAUCAAACACAUGGUUUCCAUGGUUUCCAUGUGUUUGAUGCCAUUCUAUUUACUCCGUUCCAGCCAUUAUUAUGAGCCGUCUCCCCUCAGCAACCUCCACUGAUUGUGCUUUUAAUUGUCCUAGACAUGGAAACACAGAUAACAUACUGUACAUCUUUGAUGCUUUAGGAAUGUCUGUUCUCUACUUACAUGGUUUAUUGUGUUACCAAAAGUCAUAGCGUUUGACCGUACCAAACUAAAAUAUGUAUUAUGUAUAUCAAAGUGCAUAACAAUAACUCCUCUCUGUCCCUCACUUCUAGGCCUACUCCCAGACCCAGAAUUCUACUGCCAUGCUGCCCCUAGCAGAAGCCACAGACCUGGAGCCGUACAACCGGACCCAGUACUGCCACUGGCCCUGUGAGUGCCCCCUGGUCCCCCCCUCCUGCCCCCCAGGGGUGAGCCUGCUCAUGGACGGCUGUGACUGCUGCAAGGCCUGCGCCAGGCAGGUGGGGGAGGAGUGCAACGAGGCAGACACCUGUGACUACCAUAAGGGACUGUACUGUGACUACAGCUCAGACAAGCCUAGGUACGAAAAAGGAGUGUGUGCAUGUAAGUGUCACUCACCACACCUACUCUAACCUACUAAAGACACCAAUCAUGAUUAAAGGAAUAAUCCACUCAAAAACUAUAUUUUUGUAUUUUUUUCAUUAGUCCACUGCUGAUACAGCCCCAAAAUGUUUUGCAUGUCAUCAAUCCGGUUUUCAAGAUAUAGCAAAUUGUAACUUGCCACAUCAUCAUGAUAAUGUGGCAAGUUACAAUUUGCUUUCUGAAAGUCCUAUAUCUUGAAAACCGGAUUGCUGACAUGCAAAACAUUUUGGGACUGUAUCAACAGUGGACCAAUGAAAAAAAUACCAACCUUUAGUUUUUGAGUUGAUUAUUCCUUUAAGUCAUAGUAACACUACUAUGAUCAUGUCCCAGCACACUAAUUGCACAUCUAGUAACAUUUCAUCCUAGAAGGAAAUUAGAAAUUCAAUGACAAAGUAACAAUUAUCAAAGGAAAAGUGAAUAGGUUUCGCAAUCAUAUUACCCAAUGUCAUGACAUGUUUUUUUUGUUGUUCAGAUAACACUAAAAACAUAGCCUGCUACAUUACAUUGUCAUCAUUACCUUAUUCACUGUGUAUCUUUCUUACUGCUGUCCUGACCUUCUUUACAAGAUAUGGUUGGCACGGGCUGCGAGCAUGACGGUGUGAUCUACCGUAAUGGACAGAGCUUCAAGCCCAGCUGUAAAUACCAGUGUCUAUGUGUGAACGGGGCCAUCGGGUGCGUGACCCUGUGUACAGACUCCCAGCCCCCCCGGGUGUGGUGCCAGAACCCGAGGAGGGUCAAGAUCCCAGGACGCUGCUGUGAACAGUGGAUCUGUGACGAGCCCAAGAAGGGGCGGAAGACUGCUCCAAGACAUGCAGUGGAAGGUAGGACACAGAUCCAUCAAUCAAUCAAACAAUUGAUCAAGCAAUCAAUCACUCAGUCAGUAGUCAGUCAAUCAAUUAAUCAGUGGUGGCGGUGUCACCACUGUAAUGGCUGGAAUGGAAUGAAUGGAACCGUUUCAAAUACAUGGUUUCCAUUAGUGAUGGAGAAAUAGUUAAUGUGUUCAAUACCAUUCCAUUUAUUCCAUUCCAGUCAUUACUAUGAGCUGGCCUCCACUGCAAUCAAUCGAUCAAUAAAUAAAUCAGUCUAAUACAGUUGAUAUGUAUGGAUAGAGUCUCAUGUAUUGAAAAUCUUGUAACACUAAUAACCAUGGUAAUAUUGGGCAAUACUUUGAGAAUUGUGAAGCAAAAUAGUUUGAGGACAGUGCUUCACAGUAGCUCACAGGUAGUACUGCUGUUGCAGCAGUAGUUGUGUGGGAUCUUAAAACACUAUCAGCGGUGGACUAGGGUGUGUAGGUUGUUACUCCAGGGGGGAGAAGAGGUGCAGCUGUGUGUAAGAAAAGACUAAACCCUUUUCCUGUACACUCUCUCGCUCUCAUUCUCAUGGUUAUUCUUGGGUAGUUCAAGUGCUCAGCGAUCCUGGCCAGUAGUGUGCAAAGCCAAAAGGGAACUUGGAUGUACUAGAGCAGAGCUCUUCAACCCUGUUCCUGGAGAGCUACUGUCCUGUAGGUUAACCCUGUUCCUGGAGAACUACCGUCCUGUAGGUUAACCCUGUUCCUGGAGAACUACCGUCCUGUAGGUUAACCCUGUUCCUGGAGAGCUACCGUCCUGUAGGUUAACCCUGUUCCUGGAGAGCUACCGUCCUGUAGGUUAACCCUGUUCCUGGAGAGCUACCGUCCUGUAGGUUAACCCUGUUCCUGGAGAGCUACCGUCCUGUAGGUUAACCCUGUUCCUGGAGAGCUACCGUCCUGUAGGUUAACUCCAACCCUGUUCCUGGAGAGCUAUUGUCCUGUAGGUUAACUCGAACCCUGUUCCUGGAGAGCUACCGUCCUGUAGGUUAACCCUGUUCCUGGAGAGCUACCGUCCUGUAGGUUAACUCCAACCCUGUUCCUGGAGAACUACCGUCCUGUAGGUUAACGCAAACCCUGUUCCUGGAGAGCUAUCGUCCAGUAGGUUAACUCGAACCCUGUUCCUGGAGAACUACCAUCCUGUAGGUUAACGCAAACCCUGUUCCUGGAGAGCUAUCGUCCUGUGUUAUAGCUGCAAAGAGGGGACCAACUCCAUAUUAAUGCCCAUGAUUUUGGAAUGAGAUGUUCGACGAGCAGGUGUCCCCAUACCUUUGGUCAUGUAUUGUAUCAGCUCCAGUUUUGAUUAAUAAUGUCUAUAAAUCACUUCUAUCACUGCCCAUAUUCAAUUGUUAUUAUUCUCUCUCGCUCGCUCACUCACACACACACACACACACUUCCUCUCUGCCUGUCUCUGUUGACAUAGCUCUUCCUGCUGAGGCGAAGGGUCGGAGCAGGAACUGUGUGAUCCAGACCACCUCAUGGAGUAUCUGCUCUAAGACUUGUGGUCGAGGUCUGUCCCUGCGUGUCUCCAACGCCAACGAGAGGUGUGAGAUGGUAAAAGAGUCCCGCCUCUGCAACAUACGGCCCUGUGAGGUGGACAUCAUCAAGCACAUCAAGGUACAUGUACAGUAUGUGGACACGGACACACAUGCAUGGAUACACGUACGCAUUGCAUAGAGGUCAAAUGUUUGUUCGUUAUGAUAUCUAUAUUGAAGAGUUCACAUUGCAAAAAAGACCACAUUCCCAAGAUUCUAGGAACAUUACAAAGAAAAUAUCAAUAACAUUGAUUUAAUCAUUUAACUUGUCCUCUUUCUCGCUCUUGUCUCUCAGCCAGGGAAGAAUUGUAUGAACAUCUACAGAGAAGAGCAGCCCAAAAACUUUACCAUAUCAGGCUGUGUUAGUAAGAAGUCUUACCAGCCUAAAUACUGUGGUGUCUGCAUGGCCACGGACGAUCGCUGCUGCAUUCCCUACAAGUCCAAGACCAUCGACGUGGAGUUUGUGUGUCCCAACGGGGCCGUGUUCACCUGGCAAGUCAUGUGGAUCAACGCCUGCUUCUGUAACCUCAGCUGCAGGAACCCCAACGACAUCUUCGCCGAGCUGGAGAAUUACUAUGGCUACCCUGAGAUCGUGAACUGAGACAUUUCAAUAAUAAGACAUAAGCUUAUUAAGGGCUUUAUUCAAUCAGAUACGCUUAGCCAACGUCUGCAUAGCGGUUGUUUUGAUGGUGUUAGAGGUGGAACUGCUUUAGAGCUGUCAAAUCCACAAGUGGCUCCCGGCAUUAUACCUAAAGCGGACAUUGCCAUUGGCUACACGGAGUCACGUGAACAGAAAUCCCCAAGCAACCACUGGAAUGCGAGACAUAAUCUACACCUCCAUUAGGAUGAUAGAAAUCCUCAUUAUUUAGUUCAAUGAUUUUUCACUUUGAGCGUCAUUAUUUCUAUAUAGCCUAAACUUUCUCGUUCUGAACUUCUAACAGGAGUGGCGUGGGUGUGGAUUCCUGACAAUGAUCGCAAGAGCAGCUGCUCACCGAUUUGACAGCUCCAAUGCAGCUCCACCUCUGAAACAUCCGCUAUGCAGGUGUCUGCUAUCGCUGGUUAAUGCCUGAUCUGAUUGAAUCUAGGCCUAAGCUUCCAUCUACCCCUAUUUUCACUUACUUUUCCCUUUCUCAACGUUUUUUUGGUUUGUCAGAACUUCAGAAACUCUGUUAUAUAUUUUAUUUCAUACAUAAAGGCCGAUAUUCAAUCCAAGGCACGUUAUAGAACAGUGCAUCAUGCAGAAGACAGUCCCAGCAUUCGCAGACAUUGCAUUCAGUCUGUUAUAGUGCGCUCCUCUAGAUCGUCCAUUGGAUUGA